AUGGUUCCGUGCAGGUCAGAAAGAAGAAAUGUGAUUGACUGCAGUUAUCAUUAUCAUCACCAUCACCAUCGUCAUCAUCGUCGUCGCCUGAGCACUAAAAUCUUGUUUAAAAUGGCGGAGCAGUUGCUCGAUUUUAAUGGUACAGCAAUAAAUACAGUUGGCGGGAUUUACAUAUUCAUUGGAAUCAUUGGGUUUAUUUGUAAUCUGGCUACACUGCUGAUGAUUGCAAGCUACCGUAUGUAUCGCUUGUCUGCCUAUACGAUCAUGGCUAACUUGGCCCUGGCUGAUGCAUUCAUGCUUAUUGUUGCUGGCCUCAUCUGCGGCCUUAAUAUAUUACAAUUGCCGCUCUUCGACCGCAGUACUACUGCUUCCACAGUUCACAUUGCUAACUACUCUGCUAAUAGUACGCCGCUACUGUUUAGCUUAGAUAUGAAGUUUAAUGAGCUCUCGCGGCAUACUUUUGGCAAUGAAGCAGCACUGGUCAAGCAACAACCAUCGGAUUUGAUUGGAACUGACCGCAACAGUCGGCUCAAAUUUCAGUUUGAUGCAUUUUCGGAAAAUUUGCACUUCUCGAUAUUUUUGCUGUCGUUUUUUGAGAUAGCUGCCUGGACAGCAGGUAUGAUGAGCUACGCAUUUCUGGGUAUCAAUCGUUGUGUUGCUAUCUGCUUCUAUCGCACCAGAGCUAAAACAAUCAAUCGUGUCUCUUUCGCUCUUAUUGGUUCCACAAUAACGUGGAUUAUCGGCGUCAUCACAGCAUGCAUUGGCACCAUGCCAGUACCACUGAUGGGUAUGCGAACAGAUAUGUGGACGGUGAGCUUUUUAAGUACAGCCGGAAGAAGACCAGGUAUGCUGCGUUUUGAUAUUAUGCGUCUUUUGCAGCAAUGCAAUGCGAAAAACGCAUAUUGACG